UGCCAAGAUUUUGUGAGAACAGUGCUGCAGUUUUUUGGUAAUGAUGGCAGUUGGAAGCAUGUUGCUGAUUUUGUAGGGCUAGAUGCCAGAAUUGCUGCAUGGCUUAUAGAUCCUAGUGAUGCUGAACCCUCUUUUGAAGAUUUAGUGGCAAAAUACUUAGAAAAAUCCAUUACAGUUAAUUUGAGGAGCACUUAUGGAAAUUCCUCAAGAAAUAUUGUGAAUCAGAAUGUAUAUGGGAAUCUGAGGAUACUCUAUAGACUUACAAUGGACCUUUGUUCUAAACUGAAGGUUUAUGGUUUAUGGCAACUAUUUUGUAUUCUGGAGCUUCCUCUGAUACCAGUUUUGGCAGUGAUGGAAAGCUACCACAUUCGGGUGGACAAAGAAAAACUGGAGAGGACAUCCGCCCUUCUGGGGGCUCAUCUCAAGGAAUUGGAGCAAGAAGCCCAUUUUGUUGCAGGAGAACAAUUUCUUAUAAUGAGUAAUAAUCAGCUUCGAGAGAUCCUCUUUGGCAAGUUGAAGCUGCACCUGCUGAGUCAAAAGAAGAGUCUUCCCAGAACGGGGCUACGGGAACACCUGUCCAUGUCAGAAGCCAUGUUAACUGCUCUGCAAGACCUUCAUCCAUUACCCAAGAUAAUUUUGGAAUACAGGCAGGUUCGUAAGAUCAAGUCAACCUUUGUAGAUGGAUUACUAGCUUGCAUGAAAAAGGGCUUCAUUUCCUCUACCUGGAAUCAAACUGGAACUGUGACUGGAAGACUUUCAGCCAAGCAUCCU